AUGGCAUCAAUCCUCAAUUCUAGACUCUUACUUCUAUUCGACCAACCGCUUUGCUCUCGAUGUAUCCGCAGAAAUGCAGCUUCCGCCCUGCGCUGGUCAUCCACAUCGACCGAAGCUCCAGCUUCGCCUCUGCUGGCCAAGAUCAAGAAUGACUUGAAGAGCGCCAUGCGCGCAAAGGACACAUCGAGAUUAACCGUCCUCCGGGGCACCAUCUCUGAAAUCAACCAAGCGGCCUCCUCUCCCACGCCCAUCAAAACCGAUCUCCAAGUUCUAGCACUACUUCGCAAACGGAAAUCCGCCACAGAGACAGCGAUCAAGGAAGCCGAAGCUGCCAAACGGCCGGACUUGGCGGAGAAGCAAGCAAAAGAGAUGGAGGUUAUUGACGAAUUGGUGGGGAGUGUGAAGUUGAUAGACCCCGCGGCUCUCAGGACGGUGGUCAGGGGGAAGAUAGAGACGCUGAGAAACACGACGCAGGGAGAGUUGAAGCAAGGCGUUGUUAUGAAGGAGCUGUUGAAGCCCGGAGGUGAACUGGACGGGAAACCAUUGGAGAAUAAGAUGUUGGCAGAGUUGGUGAGGGAGGAAUUAUUGAGCAACCAUAAUCCCUCGUGA